AUGCCUAAUCAAAACCUUCCUGCAAAUGUUGACGAACUUAUCCAGUUCAUUUCUGUGAACAGUGAAUAUGAAACAAUAACUAAACAUUUGGCCCCAAUUUUAAAACAAAUCCCACAGCAAUUCUAUUUGCAGGGUACCAGUGACAAUAGAGAUCCAUUGGAUGUUUUGGAUCCAAACUUUUGUAGCUUACCCUACACUUACUUUCUUGCCGCGCGUUGUCAAGCAGAUAGACCAAAUGUUGCGCGUUUAAUUCAAUACAUUCUCCAGUUCCUGACAGUAUUUGACGCGCGUCAUAUUCGAUUGGUACCUGAUAAGUUUCUACAAGUUGCUCAAGGGCUUUGUAGAUUAACUACUCUUUAUGGAAAU